ACUUCUUCCUUCAUCAAGUCAGCUAGCAGCGAAAAUGCCGGCGAUCUUGACCCGUCCCAUCAUGAGCAACGCUGUCAGAACCUUGUCCAGGGUUCAGAUCCGUUUCUUCAGCAGCACAUCCGGUCUCUUGUCUAAGAAGAUUGUCAUUGUUGGUGGUGUUGCCGGCGGUGCCUCUGCAGCUGCUCGUCUCCGCAGGUUGGACGAGAACGCUACCAUCACUGUCUUCGAGAAGGGACCCUUCGUGUCCUUUGCCAACUGCGGUCUCCCCUACUACGUCGGAGACGUCAUCAAGGAUGACAAGGAUCUUGUUCUUGCAACCCCUGCUCUCUUCAAGAACCGCUACAAGAUUGACGUGCGAACUCAGAACGAGGUGGUCAAGAUCGACACGAAGGCCAAGACUGUGGAGGUAAAGGAUGUAGCUAAGAACACGACCUCUACCGAGAGCUACGAUGCUCUCGUGCUUGCUCCUGGUGCCUUCCCCAUCCGCCCUCCUCUUCCCGGCAUCGACCUCCCCGGAAUCUUCCUCUUGCGCACCAUCCCAGACAGUAUGCAGAUCCGUGCUUGGAUGGAUCAGUACAAGAUCAAGCGCGCGGUGGUUGUGGGCGGAGGCUUCAUUGGCCUUGAGACCGCUGAGAACCUCGUGCAUCGCGGGAUUGAGGUGACCAUUGUCGAGAUGGGAACUCAGAUCCUCCCUCCCAUGGAUCCAGAGAUGGCUGAGGUCCUUCACGAGCAUUGCAAGGCCAAGGGCGUCAACCUCUGCUUGGGCGAUGGCGUCGCCGGCUUCUACAAGACUGACACCGGCCUUGAGGGUCGCAUUGCUGCCGACGUGAUCAACGGGCGAUCGAGCACCUUCCGUGGUGUGCAGGGCACUGCUGUGUGCGGAGUGUUCGACAAGGUGGCGGCGUCGACUGGAGCGAGCGAGAAGACGCUCAAGCGGUACGGGAUCCCCUACGAGAAGGUCUACCUUCACCCCAACAACCAUGUCGGCUACUACCCCGGAGCCAAGAUGAUUCACUUCAAGCUUCUCUACAGCCCCAAGGACGGAAAGAUCCUCGGAGCUCAGGCGAUCGGAGAGGCUGGCGUGGAGAAGCGUAUCGACGUCGUUGCCAUGGCGAUCCAGCAGGGCAUGACGGUGUACGACCUGGAGGAGUCAGAGCUGUGCUACGCUCCUCAGUUCGGAGCUGCCAAGGACCCUGUCAACUUCGCUGGCUUCAUCGCUUCCAACAGCCUCCGGGGCGACUCUCCGAUCGUGCAUUGGGACGCCAUCAUCAAGGGGGAGUGCGACCCCAACCACGUGCUGGUGGACGUGCGAACCAAGGAGGAGAUCAACCUCGGCAUGUACAAGGGCGCCAAGCACAUCCCCAUCGACGAGAUGCGCGCGCGCAUGUCCGAGCUGCCCAAGGACAAGCCCAUCUACCUCUACUGCGGGGUUGGCCUGCGCGGAUACAACGUGGUGCGCAUGCUGAAGCAGAACGGAUAUCAGGCGUACAACGUGCCGGGAGGAUGGAAGACGUACGCGUACGUGUCCAAGUGUGUCAAGUAGACCAGCGUCUCACCCUCUCCUUAUCUGACAGAAUACAAAAAGAUUUGAUCCUUCU